AUGAGAUAUAGGGAAAAGACUGAAAUAAUCCUUAUUAAAACUGAAUUCUGGACUCAGGAUGGAACAUCACCACAGACCAUUAAGCUCACCACAGUCUUUGGUCCCCUCCGUGGUGAGGGACUUGAGAUUUUUCCAAAAGGCCUAUCUAUUUUGUAUCUUCAUGAGAAUCAUCUUUCUGGCUCAAUUCCCGAAGAAAUAGGUUAUCUAAGGACUCUUGUUAUCUUACAAUUGUCUAAUAAUUUUCUUAAUGAUUUUAUUCCUGCUUCAUUAGGUAAUUUGACCUGCUUGUCUUCUUUGUGCCUUUUUAAGAAUAAUCUUUCUGGCCUCAUUCCCAAAGAAAUAAGUUACUUAUCGUCUCUUAGAGAGCUAAUGUUGGGUAAAAACUCUCUUAGUGGUCCUAUUCCUGCUUCAUUGGGAAAUUUGACCAACUUGACCUCUUUGAAUCUUCGUGACAAUCAUCUUUCUAGCUCCAUUCCUCAAGAAAUAGGCUACCUAAGGACCCUUAAUUAUUUAGACUUGUCUACUAAUUUUCUUAAUGGUUCUAUUCCUCCUUCAUUGGGGAACUUGAACGGCUUGUAUCUUUUGUCUCUAAAUGGUAACAACCUUUCUGGUUCCGUUCCAAGUGAGUUGGGAGAUAUAAAAAGCCUCGUUACUAUGUUUUUAAAUAUGAAUCAACUCAUUGGUUCAAUUCCAGCUUCCUUUGGCAACUUGAAAAACUUGGAAUAUUUGUAUCUCCAAAGCAACAAUCUCACUGAAAAAAUUCCUUCAUCUAUCUGCAAUUUGAUAUCAUUGAAAGUGUUGUAUUUGGGGAGAAACAAGUUGAGGGGAGAAAUUCUGCAAUGUCUAGUUAAUAUUAGUGGACUCCAAGUACUAAGAAUAGAAUCUAAUAAUCUCAGUGAAGAGAUCCCUUCGUCUAUUUGUGAUCUAACAUCUCUAAGGAUUUUAGAUUUGGGCAGAAAUAAUCUAAAGGGACCAAUUCCACAAUGUUUUGGCAACAUGGGUGGUCAUCUUGAGGUUUUGGAUAUCCACCAAAACAAUCUUUGUGGGACUCUUCCAGAAACUUUUAGCAUUGGAAGUGUACUCAGAAGCUUAGACUUGCAUGACAAUGAAUUAGAGGGGAAAAUCCCCCGAUCUUUGGCUAAUUGCAAAGAAUUGGAACUUCUUGAUUUGGGAGAUAAUCACCUUAAAGAUACAUUCCCAUUGUGGCUUGAAACUUUGCAAAAGCUAAAAGUUUUAAGGUUGAGAUCGAAUAAAUUGCAUGGGCCGAUUAGAACUUUAAGUGAUGAAAAUAUGUUUCCUGAGCUUCGAAUUAUAGAUGUCUCUUACAAUGCCUUCACGGGGAACUUGUCGACUACUCUGUUUCAAAAACUGAAAGCCAUGAGGAAGAUUGAUCAAACAGUGAAUGUACCGACAUAUCUUGGUAAAUUUGGAGAGAGAGAUUACAAUGAUUCUGUAACAGUUUCAACCAAGGGAUUGGAGCUUGAACUGGAUAGAAUGCACCACCCAGUGUCCCUAAGUUGUGCUCACACUUUUCUAAUUUACCACUUUGGAAAUCUGACAGUGAUUUCUUCUUGGCUAGAACAUUAA